AAACACGGAGGCUUAUCUGCUCUCUGUGGUUUACAGACUAGAGCUGAGAGUGUUUUGUUGUGCACAAAGAGUAACAAAUAUGGAAAAUGGUAAACACCCUUCGCCUCUCCAACUCCAACUCCAACUCCACCAACUACCACCACCACCACCGCCACCGCAUCAAACGCCGCUGUGGAAGGUGGUGGUGGUGGCCUCAAUAGGCGUCGGGGUUCAGUUCGGUUGGGCUUUACAGUUCUCUCUCCUCACACCAUACGUCCAGCUUCUAGGCAUCCCACACAAAUGGGCAUCCUACAUAUGGCUCUGCGGCCCCAUCUCCGGCCUCGUGGUGCAACCACUCACCGGCCUCUACAGCGACCGCUGCACCUCUCGCUUCGGCCGCCGCCGCCCCUUCAUCGCCACCGGCGCCGCCCUCGUCGCCGUCGCCGUUAUCCUCAUCGGCUUCGCCGCCGACCUUGGCCACCUCUCUGGCGACCGGCUUGAUUCCGGCGCCGCCAAGCCCCGUGCCAUCACCAUCUUCGUGGUCGGAUUCUGGAUCCUGGACGUCGGCAACAACCUCCUCAUGGACCCCUGCCGCGCCUUCCUCGCCGACCUCACCGACGGCGACCAGCGCAAAACUCGAAACGCCAGCGCCUUCUACGCCUUCUUUACCGCCGUCGGCCAGGUCCUCGGCUAUGCCGCCGGAUCGUACUCGAAGCUCCACCGCCUCCUCCCCUUCACCUCAACACAGGCCUGUAAUGUUUACUGUGCGAAUCUCAAGACCUGUUUCUUAAUCUCAAUCACUCUGUUACUCAUUUUAACCAUACUCGCACUCAGCACAGUGGGUGAGGAUCCAAUUUCGAGGUUCUCGGUGGAGAAGAAGGAUAAAGCGGUGCCAUUUUGUGGGUUUUUCGGGGAAUUAUUGAGUGCGUUGAAGGAGUAUCCGAGGCCCAUGUGGUACCUAUUGUUGGCGAUGGGUCUGAACUCGACUGCAUGGUUUGGGUUCAAAAUGUACGACACUGAUUGGGUGGGGAGGGAGGUGUACGGUGGAAAGGUCGGGGGGAAGUUGUACAGUAGCGGGGUGAGAGCUGGGUCGUUGGGGCUGAUGCUGAUGGCGGCCGUGGCGGGGGUGGCGGCGUUGGUGGUGAUGUUGGUGGUGCGUGGAGUCAAGGGCGGGAACAGGCUGUGGGGUUGCGGUAACCUUUUGUUCGCGGUCUGCUUGGCGAUGACGGUGUGUAUCACUAAAGUUGCAGAGUCGACUCGGCGGCAUGCGGUGGCGAGUGGUGGUGGGACUACGCCGGCACUUGGUGUCAAGGCGGGGACUCUCUCUCUCUUCGCAGUGAUGGGGAUUGCUCAAGCGAUAAGUUACAUCAUUCCCAUUUCAUUGGCAUCUAUUUAUUGUAGCAGCUUUGGCGGAGGACAAGGUCUUUCUCUGGGAGUUUUAAAUAUUGCUGUGGUCAUACCACAGAAUAGACAGACAACUUGAGAUGGCGAGAGUACGUUUCAAUUAUUGGAAAAGGCCAAACAGUUUGGACCACUUGAAAGUAAGUUGUAAUUAUGGGAAAAGGCCAUUUAUAAAAAAAUUAAAAUAAAAUAAGUAAUUAUUGGAAAUGACCAAACAGUUUUAUCUAAUUGGAAAAAUUGCUAUUCACCAGGUGUUAUGAAAAAUUAUUAUAAAAUAGUGAAAAAACUUAUAAUUUUAAUUAUUAAUAUUUAUAAAAUUUAUCACUUUUUUUUUUUUGCAUUUUUUUUUUUUUUUGGUAAUAUUUUUUCUGACAUGGGUGUAAUUCCCCCCUAACUACAAGGCUGAUAUCAAGUUUGGCCAAUGGUAGUUAUAUCAAUCAUCAGAUAAUGAGAUUGUUUUUUUUAAUGUAUGAGUAAAGCUAUCCAAAUUUGUUAUAGUUUUUUUUACAAACUGGUACUGCAAGGAAAAUGAAAUUUGCACCAAUAAAAUAAUAUUGUCAAAAUAUAUAGCAGUGAAUCUCGUAGUACGUCAAAUUAUAACUUUGAUAUUAUCAUUGUGAAAAUGAUUAUUGGAGUUGCUUUAACUCCACUCCUUCUGUAAUUAUUUCCUCAGUUUGGGUAAAAAAGCAAUUUUAUGUUAUAUAUUUUUUUAUUAAAAAAAUGAAGAAUAUGGUAUAUUUAAGCAUUUUGAGAUUGUAAUGAAAUCCUCAUCAUUCAAUUAGAGGCUUAAUCCCUAGGACUAAAA